UUAGCCGGUGGCGGAUCACUUCCGCCACCGCCACCGCCCACGCUCUCACUCUCCCCAACAGUUGGCCUGUCGCCCAGCGUCCCAUCGCCGGGCACCGUGCCGCCGGCGCAGUUUGCUGGCGGAAGUGGCGCCCCAUCGCUGAGCGCCCUGGUGUCACAGCAUCGUCUGUUGGAGCUGUCGCGCUUCAGCUUGCGUGGUUACGAUCUGGCGCAGCACAUGCUCACGCAGCAGGGCGCCGUCUCCAAGUUACUCGGCACGCUGCGCCCGCCAGGACUCAUCGGAGGCUCCAAACCAAAGGUAGCAACGCCAGCUGUCGUCUCAAAAAUCGAACAGUACAAACGGGAGAAUCCCACCAUCUUCGCCUGGGAAAUCCGGGAGCGAUUGAUUUCGGAAGGUGUCUGCACAAAUGCAACUGCGCCGUCUGUGUCGUCCAUCAAUCGUAUUUUGAGGAAUAGAGCCGCUGAGAGAGCAGCGGCUGAAUUUGCCAGAGCCGCCGGCUAUGGCUUGUACCCGCCGCAUCCCUAUGGAGGCUUUGCCUGGCCUCCGACGCACCUCUGGCCGCCCAAUGCGGCCAAUCUCAGUGGAAUAACCCCGCCCGGCUCCACCUCAAGCACUGCAGUGUCCCCUGGAUCGUCCCACGACACCGCCGGCUCUCCAGACGGCAGUCGCCUCAUAGAUGUCGAGGGCGAGGACUCGGGCAGCUUGGAUGGGGAGCAACCCAAGUUCCGACGCAACCGCACCACCUUCAGUCCAGAACAGUUGGAGGAGCUGGAGAAGGAGUUCGACAAGUCGCACUAUCCGUGCGUGAGCACGCGCGAACGCCUCGCCUCGCGCACUUCCCUGAGCGAGGCGCGUGUUCAGGUUUGGUUUUCCAACAGACGAGCGAAGUGGCGGCGCCACCAGCGCAUGAAUAUCCUCAAACAGCAGUCCUCACCCACGCCCCAAAGAGCCACCCCAAGCAACAACAGCAGCAGCAGCAAUUUCACCCCUACCGCGACGCCCGCCAGGGAAGUCGCCACCUCCCCGGCGGCGGCGGCAGCGGUCUCAGCGGCCGUGGUAGCGGCGACAAGCUUAGUCACAGCAUCCACGCCAUUAUUAAUGGGCGGCGAACAUAGCGCCUUUCGCUCACUUGUGCCCUCGUCCGCGGCGGCAUUGCUCGCCGCCUCGGCGUCACUCGGCCUGCGGCCACCCUACGCCGGCCUGCGCGCCGCCGCAGAAUCCUCCAUCUCCUCCUCCGACGAGGAGAUCAACGUGCACGAUGACGAUUCCAAUGGCUCAGCGGCCAAGAGCCGCUCCACGCCGCUUCAGCUCACGACGCACGACAGGCCAAACUAG